AUGGCUUUGAUUCUGCGCUGGAAGAUCUUGGCUGCCAACUAUCGCUCACUCGAUGAAUUCGAUCUCAUCAUGCACUGCGAGAGUCUGAGGAAGGUCUUGAAGCUGUGUUGGGUCGCCAGAACUCGAGGGCGACCCUUACUGUGGAUCAACAAGACGCAGUGGCUAUGCUUGGUAUGGGUAGGCGUCAACGUUAUGCUUCAGGUCCUGGUGGCCCUCCUUGGCCUUACCUACAAUCUUAACACGUCGAGCAUGCCGGCUCUCAAAUUCGGCCAAUUGAGCGUUGCGAACUUCACCUUCAUCGAUGACCCCUGGACCAACACCGAUCCUGGUUUCAGCUCUCAGCUUGGAUCUGCCAACAUUUAUGGCAGUCAGGCUCAGUACUAUGUUUACGAGUUGAUUGAUGCUAGCUACAGAGACGUGAGUCACGAUGCGGUUUGGGGCCGGCCAAGCAGCCCGACAGUAUACUACAACAAGGACUACACGACCUUCACGUACAUCUUUGAGGACGCGAAUCCCUGGAAUCCGGAUCUCACGCUUAUGACCCGUCGAAAUGUCAGUGUGACUGCGACGUGCGUCGAGCUUGAAGUCUUGGAAGGAGGCAACGGCACCAAUCCAAUAAUCACCUACCUGGACGAGGAUCGCCAACGGCGCACCCUGGAUGUGGUUCGAGUGGGACCUGGUGCGAUGACAUACGUGGGAGUGCUAAACUCAACAUGUGGCCCACGCUGUUCAAAUAUCAUGGCACUGCAAAGUGCGAAUGGCCGCACAAUUCCGGCACCUUCAUUCUACAGCUGCCAAAACAAGGUGACAGAGAUAGCAGGCAUCGAACCAUAUGUGCUCGGUAACUCGACGGUGGCCACACUCCAAAUGCCGGAGCCGCAGGCUCGCAUGCUGGCCGGCGCCAUUGGGUGGACGGGGUUCAAUUUCUCAGCUGAUGACACGUAUCAAUACGUACGCUAUCCGACACAGUCGUGGUGGAGCCCCAACUCCCCGGCGAACACGACCAGAAUUGCCCUGAACAUCAUGGAGUACAGUAUAGGAGCUAUUGCGUCGUUCGACUACAACGGCCCGCGGAGCAACGUCACUGGAUACUACCCCGUACCGGCGCAGGAGGUGGACAUUCAAUGGAAAUGGUCCAGCGCCAUCCUCGGCGUGAUUCCGUUCGUGCAUCUGGUCGCCCUCGUCUGCGUGAUCGCAUGGGGCAACUCGGCCAUCAUCCGAGAUGCCAGUUGCCUGAGUACGGCCAAGCUACUACGUCCCAUCGUCGAGAAGCUGGGAGAGAGGGGAUGUCUGCUCAGCGGACCAGAGAUCGCCGAAGAACUUGCCAGCAUCCGCGUCAAAUACGGUUGGCGGGAGCCCCCCUCCAACUUGGUCUUCAGGAACGAGAUUGACCAGCACCUGGUCCGGCACGUCGAUAUCCUGGAGGAGACCGAGGGUUUUGGAGUGCAAGGCACCAUGCCGCCGGGGAGGUAUGAUGGACUAGGUUUAGGACCAGUGGGGGAUCGUGACGAUGAUGGUGAGACUACACCUUUAUUUCAUCAGCGCAGGACGCGGCGUUCUACGAGCAUAUGA